GCUGAAAAAGGACCACCGCACACAAAAGUCGGGACUCUCUCUUCAGCCCUAAUUUGCCAAAUUCGAUCUCUCCUUCUAGGAUUCCAAUCUCUGUCUAGGACUCUUCUUGCCCUAACUUGCCAUGAUCGAUCUCAUUUUCAUGGCUCCAACGCAGAUCUGAAUUCCUUGGCUUUAAUCCGAAUCAUUGGACAAGUUUAUGUUCUCAAUAUUAAUUUCCGGUGCAUGAUGGAUCCACAGAGGAUUUGUGGUUAUUCAGAUAAAUCGAACUAGAUAGCAAAGGAAGGAUGUGAAAGAAUUGUUGGCCGGUCAAAUUGCACGCACUGCAACCAUUUUCCUAAUUGACGAGCUUCAGCUGUUAAGGAAGGAAUAUCCUGCAAAAAACAGGUUAUUAAAUUAUUGCCUUCUCGCUGGAAGAAGUUCCCCAGUGAAGCUGAUAAAAUUUCAUGGCACAAGCAAAGAUGGCAAUGUCAUCUCUUACUUCUCAAUUCAGUAGUAAAAGGACUAUAUUAAGUGAAACUGGAAGAAGCCCUAAAUGGGUACUGCCCAGACUCGUGGAAAUAAAGAAAUAUCCCAUGAACAGCAGAUAUUCAUCAACAAGAUUAUGCUUGGCUACUAGAAAUGGUGGGAUUAGGCAGCAGCCUCACGGGAUUGGUGACAGAGACGGUGUGGUUAUUGUUGACCAUGGUUCACGCCGAAAAGAAUCUAAUCUUAUGCUAGAUGAGUUUGUGGCAAUGUUUAGAGAUAGAACUGGCUACCCCAUUGUAGAGCCUGCUCAUAUGGAGUUGGCAGAACCAUCAAUAAGAGAUGCAUUUGGUUUGUGUGUUCAACAAGGGGCAAAUCGUGUGAUUGUAAGCCCAUUUUUCUUGUUCCCUGGACGGCAUUGGCACCAGGAUAUUCCUUCCUUAACAGCUGAAGCUGCGAAAGGGCACCCAGGCGUGUCAUAUAUCAUAACUGCACCUCUUGGCCUUCAUGAACUACUUGUGGAUGUUAUGAAUGAUAGAAUCAAGUAUUGCUUAAGUCAUGUUGCUGGAGAUGCAGAUGAGUGUUCAGUUUGUGCUGGUACAGGCAAAUGUCAGGUCUAUUGAUUAAUGUAAGUGUUAAAGCAACAAACUCCACGAGGUUACCUCAAAAAUGAGUGGCUCUCUCAACACAAAGACAGAAGUGACCUACUAUAUCAUCAUCUAAUUGUUUUGUGCACUAGUUGGAGCGAUAUCUUUAUUUUGAGGUGACAAAGCAGAUAAAUGAUUCCAAAUAUCCUUUGUUUGAAAUGAUUCAAGAAUGGGAGAUUAGAAUCUGUGAUGCGAUGUGCUUGCAUGGAAUGGAAAUGGGACUAGUGCCCAAAUUUGUUUUUUUUCUUAUGAUCAUUCUAACUGUACAGUAGUAGUACAAUUGAUCUGAGAGUGAGCCUUGAAUGUGCUCAACAGUAAUGUGAAAUUAUAAAUUUUUUCCUAAGGAAUUUCUAUUUAACAUGCAUUAUCAAAA